AUGGAUAGUGCGGUGUCACAAUCCGAAGCUUCCAGUCAAGGGUCCUUGUGUUCACCACAGUAAGCCGCUUCGUAUCUUUGUUAUUUAGCCUUUACUACAUAAAUAGUAUCUUUGUACCCUAGGCUUACAGUAUAUAUCUCGUUUUUACUUUGCAGGACUCGAUACAUCGUAUCAUUGUGCGUUAUUUCAACAGUCGGAAUAUCUACGUUAGUAAUUCAAAAGCUGGGGCCGUGCUUGAUACUGUCAGCGCCGGUGGGACUUCUGUUAGUGUGUUUUACUUAUCAAGUAAGCUUUCUUACAUCGUUGUAAAGAAGUGUCUUCUUGAGUGAUGUGUAUGUUAUCAUCAACAUGAUCCUUUGAAGAGUAGCUGGGUCUUAUUAUAAGUUAACCUUUGACUUCAGUGGGUACAACUCUAUUCCUCAAGCCUAACGCGAACUCGACGAGCCUUCUUCGACGAAGCCAACAUCCUGGACACUUAUCAGACCCGUGCCCGCACCCAUGGCCAUCUUUUCCAGCCCGACCCACCCACGCCCGUUCCUGGCAGUUCGGAUAGUUCGGAUAAACAAAUGUCGAAGUCUGAGUUCGAGAGAAUGCGUGAUGAAGUAAGUGUAACAUCAGUUAUUGCUAAGUGUAUUAUUGUUCUACUGAGUGUUAUACGUUGGUAUUCGUUGACUCAUUCGAAGUGAAGGUCCAAAAGUUUAUAGAAAUAUUCAAUUCGACUCAAUUUAACGAUUUCUAUCAACUUUUUGACCUUCAUCAGACUGUUUUAUACAAAAAUUUUGAAAAUAACCGGUGGGGCCAUUCCAUCUUGUAAAUCGUAUUAUGUCACGCAUUUUCAGCACUACACAGACAUGUUUAAUAAAGCAGAUCGUCAAGCCAAGGAGAAGCUGACCGCGCCAAAGUUUGCCAAGGCCGAAGAGCCUAUCCACAUCGAAUUCAAGGAACCUCCAGAACCCGACGACGGAUCAGACAAGGACGCUGGUGGAUAA